UUUUGCUUAUCAAACAGUCGAGUUCGAGAGAAACUAGCUAGAAGACAGACAGCAGGUUUCUUCACACUCAGACCAUGGCUAUGAGGAGCGAGGCCAGGGUGGAGACAGAGGUGGAGGAGGAAGAAAGCUUCGGCCCACAGCCUCUGAGCAGACUGGAGCAAUGUGGGGUCGGUGCCAGCGACAUCAAGAAGCUGGGCGACGCAGGUUUCCACACCAUCGAGGCAGUGGCCUACGCACCCAAGAAGGAGCUGCUCAACAUCAAAGGCAUCAGUGAGGCCAAGGCUGACAAGAUUCUAGCUGAAGCUGCCAAACUUGUGCCGAUGGGUUUCACCACAGCUACCGAGUUCCACCAGAGGAGAGCCGAGAUCAUCCAGAUAUCUACAGGCUCCAAGGAGCUCGACAAACUCCUGCAGGGUGGGAUCGAGACCGGCUCCAUCACAGAGAUGUUCGGGGAGUUUCGGACGGGGAAGACCCAGCUGUGCCACACACUCGCUGUCACCUGUCAGCUGCCCAUUGAUCAGGGGGGUGGAGAAGGUAAAGCCAUGUACAUCGACACAGAGGGAACCUUCAGACCAGAGAGACUCCUAGCUGUAGCUGAGAGGUACGGGCUGGUGGGCAGUGACGUUCUGGACAACGUAGCCUACGCCCGAGCCUUCAACACAGACCAUCAGACCCAGCUGCUGUACCAAGCCUCCGCUAUGAUGGCCGAGUCCAGGUAUGCCCUGCUGAUAGUGGACAGCUCCACAGCUCUGUAUAGAACAGACUACUCGGGCAGAGGUGAGCUGUCGGCCCGACAGGGACACCUGGGACGCUUCCUCCGCAUGCUGCUCCGGCUGGCGGACGAGUUCGGCGUUGCAGUGGUGAUUUCCAACCAGGUGGUGGCGCAGGUGGAUGGGGCAGCCAUGUUUUCCGCAGAUCCCAAGAAACCGAUCGGGGGAAACAUUAUGGCUCACGCCUCCACCACACGUCUGUACCUGAGGAAAGGCCGAGGAGAGACGAGGAUCUGUAAAAUCUACGACUCGCCCUGCCUGCCGGAGUCUGAAGCCAUGUUUGCCAUCAACGCUGACGGAGUGGGCGACGCCAAGGACUGAGCUGACGGAGAGGCAGGGAGCAGGGUGGUAAAUGUUACCGUCACACCGGCUGACUCAAUCCCGGACUAAAGUGUUGUGUGUGUGUAUGCGCGACCUUCACACAGAGCCUCGGACUGAUGGGUGACCCAGAGACGGACGUUGUAUGAUUUGAUGCUGAUUGAGGCAGAGAGGAUAAGAAGGUCCAGGCUGCAGGACCUGGAGCAGCAAGAUGGAAUGUUUCCUUUUCUUUCACACCGACGCACAUUUCACUCAACAAAGGGAAAAGAAAAGUUUUCCUGCAACUGUGACAUAGUAAUACAAGAUCUGUUAUUCUAUGAGAUACUACUUCAUAAUUACAAGAUCGGUAUCUCAAUAAGUUAUAAUUAGAAAUAUGGUCUUUUUUUAUUUCUUUGUUGGGUGCAAUGCAUCUCUUGAGUUGCCUUGAGUGGUCAAAAAAAUUAUUUGAGAAAACUAUUUUUAAUAGUUUGAUCUUUUUUUGAAGCUUAGUCUUCAAGUUUCUGUUGAAUGUUUUCGUUUUUAAGUGUUUUCUGAGAAUAGUUAUUUUACUUUGUCGUGUCACUUCCUUCACUACUGGUUUGUCCCUUUGUGUUCGUCUUCACCACAACCUUCUGUAUAUAAGUGUCGUGGCUAAAUUAAACUUGUUUUACCAUUAAA